AUGGACCGAAACAGCCGGAAGCUUCAAAUACGCCAAGAUACUGCCGUCAUUGAAACCGUUGCCUUUUCCGUCGAAGAAGUAAGACGCGUCCUCAGUCAAAUAAAACCACAUAAGUCUCCUGGACCCGACGGUAUUCCUGGUCUGAUACUUAAGGAGCUAUCAAAGGAGCUGGCGAAGCCUCUUUCGACGCUCUUUGAGCUGUCAAUGAAAACAGGAAGGCCGCCAUCACAGCGAAAGACAGCUAACCUCGUUCCCUUACAUAAAGGCGGUAGCAGGGUGGCAGAACGCUGUUUCGGGCCUAUUAGCUUAACCUGCCUCUCGUGCAAAACGAUGGAAGCUCUUGUAAAGAGUGCCAUACAGCAAUUUUGUGAAAAAAAUAACCUCUUGCAGGAUUUUCAGCAUGGCUUCCGGAGAGGACGUUCCUGCCUAUCAAAUCUGCUAACUUGUCUGGAGAUCUGGACCAGGGCCCUAGAAGAGGGUUUUGAAGUUGAUGUCGUGUACAUCGAUUUUCGCAAAGCCUUCGAUACUGUUGCGCACCAACGCCUUCUUCACAAAUUGAGCGCCAUCGGCAUCCGGGGAGAUCUUCUGAACUGGAUAGGGGCGUUUCUGGUUGGUCGGAAACAACGUGUUUGCAUCGGUGAUGAUAUGUCAGAAUGGGUGAGCGUGACCAGUGGUGUGCCUCAAAGCUCAGUUCUGGAACCAUUGCUAUUCCUCCUUUAUGUUAAUGACAGCCUUCGGGAACUCGACUGUGGCAAAAUAAUGUUUGGUGACGACGUUAAGCUCUGGCAAGUCAUUAAGAGUUCUAACGACCAGAGAUCCCACCAAAACAAUCUUCAUCGACUGCAAGUGUGGUCGGAGAAUUGGCUUCUAGACUUCAAUGUGCAGAAGUGUGCCGUCCUCCAUCUGCGUCCAACUAACUCUCAUUCAAAUCAGAGCCUGAGGACAUAA